AUGGUGGUUGAGGCGGGGGGUGUCGUGGGUUUGGUGAGGGUGGUUCGGUGGGGGUGUUUGUGGGGGGGGGGUAGGGGCGAGGAGGGUGGAUUGGGGGGGGGGGGGAGGGUGGGGGUGGGGGGGGGUGGGGGGGUGGGGGGGUGUGAAGGGUGUGUGGCGGGGGUGGGGGUGAGUGGUGGGUGGGGGUGGUGUGAGGAGGUAGGGUGGGGGGGUGGUGUUUGGGGGGGGGGGGGGGUGUGUCUGGGGGUGUGGGUUGUGUGGGGGGGUGUUGGGGGGUGGGGGGGGGGUAGAGGGGGGUGGGUGGGGGAGGGGGGGGUGGUGGGGUGGGUGGCAUUGUGGGUGGUGGGUUGUGAGUGGGGGUGUUGGUGUGUAUGGUGUGGGGUGGGGGGGUUGGGGGGGAGUGUGUUGGGAUGGGUGGGUAGGGGGCGGGUGUGGGGGGGGGUGGGGGGGGGAGGGGGGGUGUGGGCGUGGGUGGUGGGUGGCUUGGGUGGGGUGGGGUGGGGUGUGGGGUGGGGGGGGGGGGGGGGGUGUGGGGUUGGUGGGGGGGUUGCAGGGGGUGGGGGGGUCUCGGGGUUGGGACUGGGGGCCGUGGUGUGGGGGGGGGGGGUGGGUUGGUGGUGGUGGGUGUGGGGGAGGGGGUGUGUUGUGGGGGUGGUGUGUUGCAUGGGGUUGUGUGGGGGUUGGGGGGGGUGUGGUGGGGGUGCGGUGACGUUGGGGGUUUGCGUGGAGGGGUGCGGGGGGUGUUUGGGGGGGGUGGUGGGUGUUGGGUGUGGCAGGGGUGUGGAGAGGGCGUGUGGGGGGGUUGAAGGGGUGGUGGGGGUUUUAGGAGAGUCGGGUGGGGGGGUGGGGGGGGUUGUGGGUAGGGAGGGUGUGUGGGGGGUGGGGGUGGGGUGGGGGGGUGGGUGGGGGGGGGGGUGUGGUAGGGGGUGCAGCUGGGGUUGGUCUGUGGUGGGGUGGGGUGGGGUUGGGGUGGGUGUUGGGUGGGGGUGGGGUGGGGGGGAGGCGGGUGUGGGGAGGGUGGGUCGGAUGCUGGGGAGGUGGGGGGUGGGGGUGGGUGGGUGGUGGGGUGGGGGGAGGGGGGGGUGGUGGGUGAGGGUUGGGUGGUGUGUGGUGUGGGGGGUGGUGGUGUUACGGGUGGGGGUGGGGGUGGGGGUGGUGGUGUGGUGGUGGUGCGUGUGUUGGGUGGGGGUGGUGGGGGGUGGUGGUAGGGGGGUGGUGGUGGUUGGUAAACAGCGGUGCUGGGUUGGGGUGUGGGGGGGUGGGUGGGUGGUUGGGGUGGGGGGUGGGGUGUGGGUAGUGGAGUGGGUGGGGGGGGGGGGGUUGGGGGGGUGGUGGUUGGUGGGUGGGGGUGUGGAGUCGGGUGUGGUGGGGGGGGGGUGGGGGGGGGGGGGGGUGUGGGGGGGGUGGGGGUGGGUGUUGAGUGUUGGUGGGGGGGGUGGUGGUGGUAGGUUGUAUGGUUGGGUUAGGUGGGGGUGGUGUGUGGUGGGGGGGGGGGGGGUGUGGGGUGGGGAGGGUGUGUGGGGUGGUGGUGGGGCGGUGGGAGGUAGGGGGUUGUUGGGGUGUGGGGGGGGUGGAGAGUGGUGGGGGGGGUGGUGGUGGGGGGGGUGGGGGGGUGUGGGGGGGGUUGUGUAUGGGGGGUGGUGUGUGGGUGGGUUGGGGAGGUGGAGGGGUGGGUGGGUCGUAUGGGGGCGUGUGUGUGGUGGGGGCGUGGGGGUGAGAGGGGGAGUGGGGGAGGGUGGGGGGGAUGGGGGGGGUGUAUGUGUGAGUGGGUGGCUGUGUGGUGGGGGUGGAGGGUGUGUGGGGGUGUGUGGCGUGGUGGUGGGGUGGGUGUGGUGUGGGUGGGGUGGGGGUGAGAAGGGGUGGGAUUUGUGGUGUGGCGGGUGGGGGGAGGGGGUAGGGGUGGGGGGCUGUGUGUGGGGGGAUGUGAGGUUGUGGGGGUUUGUAGGAGGGUGGUGUGGGGGGGGGUGGGAGUGGGUGUUUGGUGGGGAGGGUGGGGGGGGUGUGGGGGGGGGGGCGGGGUGGGUAGUGGGGUGGGUGGGGUGGUGUGGGGGUGGGGGGAGGGGGUUGUGGUGUGGGGUGGGUGGGGGUGGAGGGGGGGUAGAGGGGGGUGGGGGGGUGGGUGGGGGUGGGGGGUGGGGGGGGGUGGGGUGUGGUGGGGAGAGGUGGCUGCGGGUGGGUGGGGUGGUGUGUUGGGGGGGGGGGGGGUGGGGUGUGGUGGGGGGGGGGGUGUGGAGUCGUGGUGGCGGGGGGUGGUUGGGUGAGGGUGUGGAGUUGGUGUGGGUGGGUGUGUUGGGGGGGGUGUGGGAGGUUGUGGGGGGGGUGUGGGGGGGGAGGUGUGGGGGGGUGCGGGGGGGACGUGGGGUGGUGGGUGGUUUGAGGGUGUGUGGUUGGGAGUGUGUGGUUGGGUGUGGUAGGUGGGGUUGUUGUUUGGUGGAGGGGGGUGGUGGGGGGAUGAGUGGGGGUGUCUUGGGUGAGGUGGGCAGGGGUGUGUUGGUUGGGGAAGGGGGUGUUGGGGGGUGGGUGGUAGGGGGGGUGGGGGGGAUGGAGGUGGGGGGUUGUGGGGGUGGGGGGGUGAAGUGGUUUCGGUUGGGGGGGGUUGUUGGGGGUGGGGUGGGGGGUGGGGUGCGGGGUGGAAGGGUGGGGGGUGGGUUUGUUGUGUGGGAUGUGGGGGGGCGUGUAGGGGUGUGUGUUUGGGGUGUGGCGGGGGGGGGUGGGGUGGUGUUGGGUGUGUGGGGUGGGGUGUGGUGGGAGGUGAGUGGGGGUGUUGGGUGUGGUGGUGGGGUGUGGGAGGUUAGUGGGUGGUUGGGGGUGGGGUUGUGGUGUGAGGGGGGGGGGUUUUGGGGUGAGGGUGGGUGGGAGUGUGGGGGUGGUGAGGGUGGAGUGUGGGCUGUGGUGAGGUGGGGUGGGGGGUGUGUUUGGUGUGGGGGGUGGGGGGGGGGAGGGGUGCGGGAUUUGGGGGGUGGGGGUGGGGGUGGUGGGGUUGGGUGGGUGGGGGGGUGUGGGGGGAUGGGGGGGGGGGUGGGUGUGUGGGGGGUGGGUUGGGUGUUGGGGGGUGUUGAGGUGGGGGGGUGGGGGGGUGUGGUGGUGUGGGGGGGGGAGGGGAGGGGUGGGGGGGUAGGUGUGGGUGAGUGGGAGGAGGUGGGGCGGGGGGAGGGUGGGGGUUUUGGGGGUGGGGGGGUGGUGGGGGGGGGUGUGGGAGGGGGGGGUGAGGUGGGGUGGGUGGUGUUGGGGUGGGGUGGUGGCGGGGGGGAGGGUGGGUGGUGGGUGGGGGGGGGCGUGGGGGUGGGUGGGCUGGGUGUUGAUGUGGGAUGGGGGAGGUUGUGGGGAGGGGGGUUUGUGGAUGGGGGGUGGUUGGGGGGGGGUGAGGUGGGGUGGGUGGGUGUUUGCGGGUGGGUGGGUGGGGGGGGUGGGGUGUGGGGUUGGGGGGGGUCGGGGGGUGGGGGGGUAGUGGAGGGGGGUGGUGGGGGGGGGGGGUGGGGGGGGUGUGGGGUGGCGGGUGGGGGCGAGGGUGGGAGGGGAAGGGGGGGUGGGGGGGGUGUUAGGGGGUGGGGGUGUGGGGUGAGGGUGGGGGGUGAGGGGUUUGGGGGGGUGGGGUUGGGGGAUGGUGGGGUGGGUGGGGGGGUGGGGAGGGGGUGGGGGGUGGGUGGGGGUGGUGUGUGGGGGGGUGUGAGCGGGACGGGGGGGUGUGUCGUGGGUGGGUGGGGUGGGUUUGAAGGGGGGUUCGGGGGGGGGGGUGAUAGGGGGGGGGUGGUUGGGGGGAGGGGGUUGGGAGUGGGGGGGCGUGGGAGGAGGAGUGGGGGGGGUAGGGAUGGGGGUUGGGGGUGUGGGGGUUGGUGGGUUGGGGUGGGGGGUGGGGGGGGUGAACGGGGGUGGGGUGGUGAGGGUGGGGGGGAGGGGUGGGGGGGGGGGGGGGGGAGGGGUGGGGGGGGUGGGGUGGGGGUGGGGGGGGAGGGGGGUGGGUGUGGGUGGGUGAGAGGGUGGGGGGUGGGGGUGGGGGGGGGGGUGUGGGGGUUGUUGGUGUGCGGGCGGGGGAGGGGGGGGUGUGGUUGGUGGGUGGGGGGGUGGGUGGAGAGGGGUGUGGGGUGGGGUGGAGGUGCGGGGGUAGGGGUGGGGGGGGGGGGGGUGGGGGGGGUGAGGGGUUGUGGUGGGGUGGGGGGUGAUGCGGGAGUGGUAGGGGGGGUGGGUGGGUGGGGAGGGUUGGGGGGUUGUGAGUGGGGGUGGGGGGUAGGUGUGGUGGGGGGGGUGGUGGGGGGGGUUUGGCUUUGGGUGUGUGGGGUUGUUUGGGGGGUGGGGGGGGUGGGGGGGGGGGGUGUCGGGGGUGGGAGGUUAGGGUGGGGGGAGGGGUGUGGGUGGGUGGUGGUGUAUGGGGUGUGCGGGUGGGUGAGGGUGUGGGGCAGGGGGGGGGGGGGGGGGGGGUGUGUGGAGGUGGGGUGGAGGGGGUGGGUUGUAGAAUUGGGGGAGGGAGAGGUGGUUGGGGGGGUGGUAGGGGGGGCGGGGUGGGGUGCGGCUGUGUGUGGGGGGAGAGGGGGGGUGGGGGGGAGGGGUGUGGGUGUGGUGGUCAGGGGCGGGGGGUGUGGUGGGGGUGUGGGGGGGUGGUGGGUGGGGGUGUGGGGGGGGGGGAGGUGGUGUGGUGGGGUGGCGGGUAUAGUGGGUGUGUGGGGUGUGGAGAGGUGGUUGGGUGGGGGUGUGGUGGGUGGGGGGGUGUGGUGUGAGUGUGGGGGGGGUGUGUGUGGGGGGGAGGUGUGGGGUGUUGGUAGUGGGGUAGGGUGGUGGGUGUGGUUUGGGGGGUGUGGGGUGUGGGGGGUUGUGCGGGUGGGGUUCGGGGGGGGGGGGUGUGUGGGGUGGUGGGGGGUGUAUGGGGUCGCUCGAGGGUGUGGAGGAGGGAGGUGGGUGGGGGGGUGUGUGGGUGUGUUGGCGAGGAGGGGAGGGUUGGGGGUGGGGGGGGGGGGGGGUGGUGUGGAGUGGGGGGGUGAGGUGGGUGUGGUGGGGGGUUGGUGUGGGGGGGUGGGGGGGGGGGGGUGGGGGGGGGUGGUUGGGUGUGUGGUGGGGGGGUGGUGGGUGGUGGGUGGUGGGGGGGGGGGGUGCGGGGGGGAGGGGUUGGGUGGUGGGAGGGGGGGGGGGGAGGGGAGGUAUGUGGGGAGGGUGGUAGGGGGGGGGGUGUGGGGGGUUGCGGGGGUGGGGGUAGGUUGGCCUGGUUUGGUCGUUGGAGGGGGGGUGGGGGUGGGAUUUGGGGUGGUGUGGGGUGUGGGGGGAGUGGGGGGUGUUUGGGUGGGGGUUGGGGAGGGGGUGGUGGUCGUAGUGGGGGGGGGGGUCGGGUUUGUGUGGGGGGGGCGUCGUUGUGGGAUUGGGGUGGGGUUAGGGGGGUGGGGGGGGUUGGGCGGGUUGUGUGGGGGGGAGGUGUGGAUUGGUGGGAGCGGAGUGGGGAGGGGUGGGGUGUGGGGGGGUGGGAGGGGUGGGGGUGCGGAUGUGGGGGGGGGGGGGUGGGGUGUGGUUUGGGUGGGGUGGGUUGGGGGGUGUUCGGGGGUGGUUCGGGUGGGGGUGGUGGGGUGGGAGUUGGGAGGUGGGGGGGGUGGUGGGGGGUUGGUGGGGCUGGGGGGAGGAGUUUGGAGGGGGGUGAGUGUGGGGUGGGGUGCGUGGGUGGGGUGGUGGUUGGUGGGUGGUGGAUUGGGAGGGGGAGGUGGGGGUGGGUGGAUUGGGUGGUGUUUGUGGUGGUGGUGGGGGUGGUGGUUGUGGAAGGGGGGAGGUUGUGGGGAGGGGUGUUUGUUGGGAGGGGGGCGGUGGUGGGGAGUUCGGUGUGGGGGGUGGGGUGAGGGGGUUGUGGGGGGGGGAGCGGUGGGUGGAUUGGGGGGGGAGGGGUGGUGGGGUGGGUGUGGUGGGGCUGGGGUGGGGGUGGUGGUGAGGGGUGGUGUUGUGCGUGAAGUGGUGAUGCGGGUGUUGAGGGGAGGGGUUGAGAGGGGGUGUUGUGGGUGGGGGGGGGGGUGGAGAGGGGGGAGGGGGGUGGGGGGGGGGGGAGGGGUGAGGUGGUUUGUGUGUGUGGGGGUGGUGGGGUGGGGCGAGGGGGUGUGGUUUGGGGUGGGUAGGAGUGGUUUUGGGGGGUGGGGGGGGUUGAGGGUGGGGGGGGUCGGAUUUGGGGGGUGUGGUGGGGGUGGGGGGGGUUGGUGUGGGGGAGUAGGUGUGUGGUGGGGGGUGGGGGUGGUUGUGUGGGGGUGGGCGGGUGGGAUGGGGGGGUGUGGUUGUGGGUGGGGGUGGGGUAUGGGGGUGGGGUGGAGGUGGAUGUGGGGUGGCGGGGGUGGGGUAUGGGUGUGGGGGUGGGGUUGUGCGUGGGGUGGUGGGGGCGGGGGUGGUGGGAGUGGGGUGUGGGGGGGGUUGUGGGAGGGUGUGGGGGUGGGGGCUGGUAGUGGUUGGUGGUGGGGGGUGGUGGGUGGGGGGCGGUGUUGUGGGGGUUGUGGAGUUGGGGGGGGGGGGUCGGGGGGGGUAGUGGGGGGGUGGGGUGGUGGGGGUGUGGAUGUUUGUGUGGGGGUGGGGUGGGUGGAGGGGUGGUGGGGGGGGUGGGGGGUGGUUAGGGUCAAGGUGGGGGGUGUGUGUGUGGGGGGGGUAGGGGGGGGGGGGGGGUGGUGGGGGGGGGUGAUGGUGGGUGUGGGUGUGGUGGGUGGGGGUGGGGGGGUGGGUGUUAGGUGGGGGAGCGUGGAUGGGGGUGGUGGGUGGGAGUUAGGUGUGUGGGGGGGGGGUGUGGGUUUGUGUGGUGGUGGCCAGGGUGGCGUGGGGGGGGGGGGGCGUGGAGGGGGUGUGGUGGGGGGUGGGUGUGAGUGGUUGUGGGGGGUUGUUGUGGGGGGUGGGUUGGUGAAGUGGUGGUGGGCGUGGGGGGGAUGUGGGGGGGUAUGGGGGGUGGGGUGGGGAGUGGGUGUGGGUGGGCUGGCGGUGGUGGGGGGUGGGUGGGUGGGGGGGUGGGGGUGGGUUGGGUGGGGGGGGGGUGGGGGUGGGGGUGGGGGGGUUGUAGGGUUGGUGGGGGUGGGUGGGGGGGGUGGAGGGUGGUGGGUGGGUGGUGUGGGGAGUGGGUGGGUUGGGGGGUGGGGUGGGAUGGUGUUGUGGCGGUGGGGGGGGGUGGGGGUGGGUAGUUGCGGGGAGUGGGGGGGGGGUGUGGGGGGGUUGUGUGGGGGUCGGGUGGGAUGUGGGGUGGUUUGUGUGGUGUGUUGGGGUUGGGGUGGUUGUGUGGUGAUUGGUGGAGGGGGGGGGGGUGGUGUUGGGGUGGGUCGGAGUGGGGUAGGGGUGUGGUGGGGUGGUGGGGUUGGGGGGUGGGGAGGAGUGGGGGUGGGGGGGGUGGGAGGGGUGGGUGCGUGGGGUGUGUGGGGGGCGUGUGGGGGCGGGUGUGUGGUGGGCUGGUGGUGGGGGGGUGUGGUGUUGGUGGGGGGGGGUGGGGUCGAUGUGGGUGGGUGUGGUGAGGCGGGGUGUGGAGGUGGGGGGGGGUGGUGGUUGGGUCGGCUGGGUGUUGUGAGUGGGUUGGGGGUGGUUGGGGGGGUGGUGGGGGUGGGUGGUAGGGGGGUGUGGGGGGAGGAGGGUGGUGAGGGGGUGUGGAGGGGUGUUGAUGGAGGGUGGGUGGGGGGGAGUGAGGGGGGGGUGGUGUGUGGGCGGGGGGAGGGGGUUGGGGUUGGGUGUGGGGGUGGAUGGGUUGGUGGGGGGGGGUCUGGUGGGUUUAGGUGCGUGGGGGGGGGGAGAGGUGGGGGGUGGGUUUUGGGGGGUGUUGGGUGGUGGGUUUGGGGGGGCUGUUGUGUUGUGGGGUGGAGGGGGUUGGGGGUUUGUGUUGGAGGCGGGGGUGGGGGAUGGUGGUGUGGGGGGGGGUGGGGGGGUUGUUUGUUGGGUGGUGCAUGGGGGAUUGGGUUGGAGUGGUGGGUUGUGUGGGGUGUAGUGGGGAGGGUGGUUUGGGGGGGGGGGGGGGAGUGGGAGGGUGGGGGGAGGAGUUGGGGGUGGGAUGUGGGGUGUGGAGAAGGUAGUGGGGUUGAGGUGGAUUGUGUGGGGGAUGGGGUGGUGGUAGAUGGUGGGAGUUGGUGGGCGGUGGUGCGUGGGUUAUGGGGGGUGGUGUUAGGUUGGGGGGUGGGGGGGUUUGGGGGGUUGGGGUCGGGAGGGGGGGGGGAGGUGAGGGGGGGGUGUGUGUGUGGGGGGGGUUGGUGGGGUGGGUGUAUGCGGGGAGGGAGGUGGGGGGGGUGUGUGGGAGGGGGUAGGGUGGGGAGGUUGGAGGUGGAGGUCGGGGGGGGUGGUGUGGUGUGGGUUGGUUGGUGGGUGUGGUGGGUGGGGGGGGGUUGGUGGGUGUGGUGUAGGGAGGAAGGUGGGUUGUGGGAGGUGGUUGGGUGGGGGGGUGGGGGUGAGGUGUUGGGUGGGUGGGGGUUGGGGGUGGGGGGGGGGUGUGGGGUGGUGGUGGGUAGGGGUGUGUGGAGGUGGUGUGUGGGUGGGGGUGGGGUUGGGGGGGUGUGGGGUGAUGGGGGGUGGGGUGGUGGGGGGGGGUGGAUGGGUGGGAGGUGGGGGGGGGGGGGCGUGGUGGUCGUGGGGGGAAGCUCAUAA